AUGCAAGAACCCGCAGGAUUACUACUCCGGGUAACUGGUAUAAAAAAGGUAGAAACAUUAAAAACGGGUGAGAAAAAUAUGAAACUAAGGGCUAGAGUUGGACCACUCCAGCACCUCCACGGGACGGAACAAGAGUCAGUCCUUGAGCAUGUUUUUUCUUGCGUAAGCUUACCACGACUUGCCCAGUAUUGGAGGUGGUUCCUCAAGUUGAGAGAUUACUAUAACCAGUACUCUCGGACUAAAUUGAUUUCUACACAGAUUCCCUUCCUGUGA